CCCUGAUCUCCCCCCACAUCGCCUGUCUCUCAUAACUCCGCCGAUCUAAACCUCGGUGAUCGAGAUGGUGGCUAUAUCUGUAGACAAAUAGGGGGUUGGUUGGAGAGAUGCGGGCUCUCGAUUCCUACCCAUCCAUGCCAGCCAACAACAACACCUUCAUUUUUUUUUUGCACCCGUCCUCACCAUAUCCGUUAUAACCUCGCCAUUAUAAACAGAACAGAACCCACAUAUCGAAUAUUUGCCCACGAGCUCCUCGCGCCGCACCUCUAGCACGCCAUGUCCGACACCGCGAAACAAAGGAUCGAGGCCCUGGGGAACCAGCUGUCCCCGCCGAAGCCGGCUACUAGCGGCACCCCCUCGCCCGCGAAGGACGCGCAGGCGGCCGACGCGGCGAUCCCGGCAGUCAAGAGAGUGGCGGGCCCGUCGGCCGGGCCGCGGCUCGCGGGCAAGGUGGCCAUCGUGACCGGGGCGAACUCGCCGCUGGGGAUCGGGCGGGCGACGGCGCUGCAGUUCGCGGAGAACGGGGCGCGGGCGGUGUACCUGUGCGACGUGGACGAGACGCACCUGGCGGCGCACAAGCGGGAGAUGGAGGCGGCGAGCGGGGGCGGGUGCGCGGUGCACGUGCGGCGGGUGGACGCGGCGGACGAGGCGGCGGUGGAAGGGGUGGUGCGGGACGCGGUGGCGCGGUACGGGCGGCUGGACGUGUUCUUCGCGAACGCGGGGGUGGCGGGGCGGGCGGUGGGGGUGACGGAGACGACGCGGGCCGAGUUCGCGGCGGUGCUGGACACGAACGCGGCGAGCGCGUUCCUGGCGGUGAAGCACGGGGCGCCGGCGAUGGCGGCGACGGCGGGCGGGCGGGGCAGCAUCGUGGCGACGGCGUCGGUGGCGGGCCUGCGCGCCAACGCGGGGCCGACGGCGUACUCGGCGUCCAAGGCGGCCGUCAUCGCCAUCGCCCAGACGGCGGCCUUCCAGCUCGCCGGCUCCGGCGUCCGCGUCAACGCGCUCUGCCCCGGCCUCGUCGAGACCGGCAUGACGGCGCCGACCUUCGCCGCCGCCCGCGCCCGCGGCACCGAGCGCCGCGUCGGCCAGCUCAACCCGCUCCGCCGCGCCGGCCACGCCGACGAGAUCGCCCGCGCCGCCCUCUUCCUCGCCAGCGACGAGGCCAGUUACGUCAACGGCCAGGCCUGGGCCGUCGACGGCGGCCUCAGCGCCGGGCACCCCUUCGUGCCCGGGAAGCUGGCGUAAGCUGGUCGGCGACGGGAGAGGGUUGCUGGGAAGGGAGAAGGGGGAAGAGAGAGAGAGAGGGGGGGGGGGGGGAAGAGAGAGAGAGAGAGAGAGAGAGAGAGAGAGAGAGGGGAGGCGAGCAAGGCGGAAAGAGGGUCGGCGUGACUCGCGCCGG